AUGCAGGGGGACGACGUUGAUGUCCCGACGUUCAUGAUGUAUCGGUCCCUGAUAUCUCUUGGUGCUUUCGCGGCGUCGCUCGUUCAGGCGGCGCAGCCUAACAUCCUCUUUGUCCUGACUGACGACCAGGACAUCGAGCUAGGGUCCCUGAACUACCUGUCCACGGUGACAAGUCGCAUUCAACAGGAGGGCUUCACCUUCAACAAUCAUUAUGCGACUGUUGCGCUGUGCUGCCCUUCCCGCGUUGCUAUGCUCCGCGGGCAGCAGGCACACAACACCAACAACACCAAUGUCCAGCUUCCAGGUGGGAGCUUCCAGAAGUUCCAAGCCUCAGGGGAGAAUGAUAACAAUCUCCCUCACUACCUCAAGAAGGCUGGCUACAGGACUGAGUUCAUCGGCAAGAUCAUGAAUGGAUAUGCCAUCUACAACUACGACACACCACCAGCCGGAUGGGACCGAUUCGAUGGUAUGCUUGACCCAUGGAUGUAUACCUACAACACGCCGGUCUUCUCUAUCGAUGGAGCCACGCCGCGAUACUACAACGGCUCCUACCUCCAGGAUGUCGUUCGCGCCAAGGCCGUCGACCGGGUGGAGAAGCUCAUCGCCAAUGAGACCGCGACCGGCGAGCCCUGGUUCCUGCUGGUCGCGCCGACAGCGCCUCACCAGACUUUCAACGACACCGGCAAGUGGCCGCCAGUGCCAGCUGCUCGCCACGCGGACCUGUUCCCGAACGUGUUGGCGCCUCGCACGCCCAACUUCAACCCGGCCACCAACGACAAGCCCUCCUGGGUGGGCAAGCUCCCCUUGAUGAACAGCAGCGUCAUCGAGCGGGUUGACGAGGUCGCGCGCGCUCGCGCCCAGACCUUGCAGUCUGUUGACGAGAUGGUCGCUCACUUGAUUGAUGUCCUCGAAGAGAAGGGGGAGCUUGACAACACUGUCAUCGUCUACAGCGCUGACCACGGCUAUCAUCUGGGCCAGCACCGUGUUCCCUGCGGGAAGACUCUUCCUUACAAGGAAGACACGCAUGUCCCUUUCCUGAUCCGUGGACCUGGUGUUCCUACUGGCCUGUCUACUGAUAUCCCCUCGAACCACAUCGAUAUCGCUCCGACCUUGCUGGACUUCGCAGGGCUGGACGAGUCCGAGUGGCCGAGCUGGCUGGAUGGCCGCAGCCUUGUUCCGUACUUUGCUGCCGGUACCUCGAAUGGCACUUCUACCAGCACAGAUGUUUCCCUCGUUGAGACCAUCAACGUUGAGUACUGGGGCAACGGCAUCAUCGAGAUAUCGGAUAUGGGAUACUCCACAUCUGUGGCCAACAACUCGUACAAGACCGCCCGCAUCAUUUCCAAGGACUACAGCUACAUGUACGCCGUCUGGUGCACCGGAGAGAGCGAGCUGUAUGACACGGUGGCGGACCCGUACGAGCUGAACCCCAUCAUGGCGAACAGCUCUACCGAAGCUACCCGCCUGACGUCGCGACUCAACGGCCUGAUGCUGCUGCUCAAGACCUGCAUUGGCGACUCAUGCCGAGCGCCAUGGUCGGUCCUCCACCCCGACGGAACCGUCAAGUCCCUCUCCGACGCCCUGGACCCGCGCUACGACCUGUACUACUCUUCUCUGCCCAGCGUCCGGUUCGAGAUCUGCUCUGCGCAGUACAACCUGGCCAACGAGGCGCCGUUCUUCAGCUCCAACUACUCCACCACCCUGGGCGAGCUGACCACCCCUCACCAGGACGCGGAGGACUACGGCGUUGGUUCGACGCCCAGCCCCGGAGACAGCAUUGGCUGGAACGGGACGCUCUUCGGCGCUGUGUAUGAGCCGCUGGACGUGAUGGAGGCGAGGGCACGGGAUCUCACGAUAGACGAGCUGAAUUGGCAGGCGACGAAGAGCCGUUUUAGAUACAUGUCCUGA